UGUAUAUACUAUACAAGUUUUAUUUUUUUACUUUUGGUUAAAAUGUGAAUGCCGCGACACAGUAGCUACAUUGUGCUCCGAUUUUAUUUUAUUCCUCAACACUUGGAACGAACGCGCGAGGUCAAUUGGCUUAAUUAGUGUGUGACAGGCGCGGGAAGAGGAAGUGGGUUUUAAGGGGGAAACUCACUGCUGAUCUCGACGCCAAAGGGAAUGUCCACUUGCUAAGCAAUUUACUUUCAUUCACAGAAAGCUUUUAUCGGACGUUAUCAAAUGCAAAAUAUCGUUUAUCGAUUAAUAAGUGCUGCAAAAAUCGAAAGAAACAAUUACGCAAAUCGUUUGACGAUUAAAUGUCAACGUCCGCUCGAGGACAUCAAUUAUGUUUUGUCUCUGACUCCGCUAAUUUCCCUUAACGCGAUAAACUGUUUAUCAGUGAGAGUGCAUAAUAAUGCGGUACUCGCUGCUGCUGCUAAUCAGCUCAGCACUUAUUGCGGGCGCCGUGCGUUGGGACAAGGAGACGACGAACCACAGUGGCACUGGCAAGGGCACAGGUCAUGCCAGCCACGCCCAUGGGCGCAGCAAUGGCGCCAGUGCAUCGGAGCCAAAGCACAGCAAACACAGUCGACCCAUAACGUACAGCGAGGAGGAGGAUUACGAUUGGAUCGAUCCAAAUGAGGAUGCCAGCGAUGUCAGCGAUCAUUCAAUGCAGGCCUUUGAGUCCGUAACAGCGAAUAGUCCGCCCCAUGAUAUCUUCACAUGUUGCAAUCAAGUCUUUGGCUCCUGUCGCACAGCAUGCGAGAACUUAUCCCUCGUGCAAUUAGAUGGCAACAAUGGGCGUGACGAACCACGCACUGAACUGAGAAAGUCUUGUCCUCUGCAUCAACUGGAUUUCUGGAGUUGCGUGAAUAUUACACUGGAAGCGGUCAAUAGGGGAAAGUCCUGGUCAGGACGUCGAUGCUGUCAAACAGCCGUGUUGCCGCAAUGCAAAAAUGCCUGCGCAACCGCAGCAGCGAGUCAUGAGGUCAGCGAUGUUUGCAGAAGAAGCGAUGAGCAGGUGCUCUAUGACUGCUUCGAGCAUCACAAUGCGGCAGACAGUUGCUGUGGAAAGGCGCGUACAUCUGAGUGUUUGCAGGCCUGCCGUGAAGUGUUUGAGCCACCUAAUGAGACCGCAGUGAGCGGCAGCAGCAGUGCAGGCGGCAACCUGGUGGAUGUGGUUUGUGGCGAACGCAACUCUGAUGUGGUGCAAUGCAUACACAACCACACUGACAUGACGCCACCGCUUGAUGCUGAGAAAUAUUUGCCUUGCUGCGAUUACAGCGAGGACGAGAGCUGUCAUCGCACCUGCAAGGAUGUGCUGCAGGCUUCCAAGUUGCAUCAAAAAGCAGAGCGCAGCGAUGUGAUCAUUGGACGUCUCGAGGCAGGCUGCGGCACACCGUUGCCCCAUGUUCGCUUCUGGCAGUGUUUUCUCACCGUCACGGGAAAAUUGUAUGUGCCAGCUGGUGGGAAAUCCCAGCGACGUAACGAAUUGGCAUCCAAUGGCGAUGGUGCUGUGGAGCCCAAUAAACUGGGGUUCGAUGCGGCGAAGCGUCAGUGCUGCGAACAAGCCAGCAGUCACAAGUGUCGACGCCUGUGCAUCGAGAUCUUCACAAAUAAUUGGUGGGAGACGCGCGUGAGCUUCGAGACGGAAUGCUUGGAGCAACCUACUGAGUUAGAUCUGAAGCGUUGCAUUGAGAGUGUUGAUGCGCCCUGUGAGCUGGGCUGCAAGGGACUCAGUUUCUGCACCAACUUCAACAAUCGUCCCACAGAAUUGUUUCGCAGCUGUUCGGCUGCCCAUGAUGCGGCGGCUCGCGAGGAUUUCCUGAUGCUGCAGCAGCGUGGCUUUGUGCGCGUUCUCGGCCAGGAGCUGUACAUCAAGAACACCACACGUUGUGCGCCAGACAAGUGGCAGGCUCUAGUCUGUGCGCUGCAGAUUCAGCCCUGCACCAGAGUUGGCAUGUACAAUGGCAUCUGUCGCGAGGAUUGCGCCGAGCUGCUGGACGAGUGCCUGGACUGGACGCGGCAACCGCAACGGCCACAGGCCAUCUGUGAUCGUCUGCAGCCGCCGGGCAGAACAGAAGCCGAUGAACACACGCCCUGCAUCUCGCUGGGUGAAUUUCUAAAGCCCAGCGAAGUCAGCAAGGAGCUGGAUCCCCAAGGUGAUGGCCUGACGUCGCCCUGUGCUGCCAAGCCUUGCAAUGCCAGCGAGGUGUGUGUGCUCCAGCGCAGUGGCAGCCAAGGCUAUGCCUGCAUACCUGGCUGCAGUCUAGGCCAAGCUUCCACUCUACUCGUGCCUUUUGGCGCCUUUGUGCGGGUGGGCAAGACGAGUGUCAGUCGGGGCUUAGUGCUGGCCAGCGAUCAGCUGCUUACAGCCGAGCAUGAGGUGUGUCGCUGUGGUCUGCAUGGCAGCAUUGCUCAGUGCCAGCCGCUGCCCAGCUACAUGCAUGCUCACUGCAAUCUGCCGCGGGAGCGCAGCUUCCGACAUGGCUCCUCGUUCUAUCUGGAGUGUAAUCAGUGCAGCUGCUUUGCUGGCGAGAUCACUUGCACCAAGCAGCAGUGUCGGCUGCCCGACUACGUAGAUGCUGGCUACACCAGUCUUCCUUGCAACUGUGCCGCACACUUUGUGCCCGUUUGUGGCGCCAAUGGCAACACUUAUCCAUCGGCCUGCGUGGCCAAGUGUUUGGGCUUGCAGGACUCCAGUUUUGUCUAUGGCGCCUGCAAUGCACGUAAUGCCUGCAGCACUGGCGCUCACAGCUGUCCAGCGGGCAGUCAGUGCUUGGAGCGGCGUCAGGUGUGCCUCUCCAGCAUGCAGCGACCCUGUGCGCAGUACAUCUGUGUGAAUGUGUCGUCGCCCCACUGUGGCACAGAUCUGGCGGAUGAGGUGUGCGAUAAGCAGGGCAAGACUCAUCCAAAUGCCUGCUCACUGCUGCGCAACAAUGCUCAGCUGGCGUAUUGGGGCGCCUGUCGACCUGGACAUGAUCUGGAGGCUGAGUCAACACCAGUCUGUGGCAUCAAUGGGGUCACCUAUCGCAGUCGCCACGCUGCCUGGGCAGACUAUGUGCUUGUGGACUACAUUGGACGUUGUCGCGAGGUUGGACUGCUGGCCAGUGACAUGGGAAGUCGGUGCAAGACUGUCAAAUGCCCGUUACCAGUCUCACCAUAUUGUCGUAAUAUUGUGCCACCAGGUGCCUGUUGUCCCAUUUGUGGCGGCGGCGCCUUUCGCAUCAUCUACUCCCGCAAGCAGUUGGACAGAGCUUACUAUGCGCUGCGCGGAGAGCGCACUUCGCUGUUGACUUUGCGUGGCAUCCUCCAGCAGCUGGAUCAUCUGGUGCAGGUCAGCGAGUGCCAGUUGACCGGCUUCCUCAGCAUGGAGGUGGGCAUCUUUGUGGCGCUCGUGCCACGGGGACAGCCAACUGGACUGCAGGUGAAAGCGUGUGAGGCGGAAGCGGAAAAAAUUUCCACAUUGAUCAGUUCGCAGUCGCCGCGUAUUACAACCAAUUUGGCGCUGUCCAGCUUGAUAGUAUCCCACAUGCUAGAAUCUACGCCAAAUGCUGCAGCAACAGUCCCAGCUCAUGGUUACGCUCCUUUACUCUUUGGACUGCUCGUGUUGGCCUUCUUCUCUUUGAAAAGAGCAUGUAUUAUUUAAGAUUUGUAGCUUAGGCCGGCUGGAUGUGAGUGCGGCUUUUAGAGAUCAAGUGAAUUCUUGGUGCCAAAUAAUUAGUGGUUUAGUGGAAGCAACUCCUGUGUGCCUUCAACAGGUCGGGAUUGACCCUUUGUAAGAUGUGAUAUUAGCUAAGGUAAACUAAGCACUAAGUUAAACAGCAAAAUUAGUUAGUGUGUAAAUCCAGAUAAGUUUGAAUUGUACCAACCAAAGCAGCGUCUCCAUAUCUUUACAGCUAGUCUAAUGUAAUCUCUCUUAAUACUAAAGUUAACUUGUUAUAUGCAACAACAACCUCUGGUUGUCGUAAUUAAUCAGAAACAUUCAUUGAAUCGUGUGUUUUAUUGUUUAUUGAACCUCAGCAUAAUCUAUGACGAUGCAUUUCCAUUUGUGUAUAUUUUAAAUCUAAGCCAGCCCAAGUUAAGAGAUCUCCAUAGGCACAGCGUGCACACGCUCGGUGAUCUGCAAGUCCUUGAUGGUGGUGUGCAACAACGGUGUGCUGCCCUUCUUGAAACUGUAAUUGAGCUGACGUUCGCCCUUCUUGUUGGCCAAUUCAUAGUUGCGCAGAUAUUCGGUGCUAUCCUUGCGUAUGACGCACAAAUCCACAUUGGAACCAGAGCCCAAAUCGUUGAAAAUACCCGAUGCAAUAGCAUCACGCACCAGCAAUUUGCCCUCCUCCUCGGUUAGAUCGGGUUUCCAGCGACUUUCAAACACAGCCAUAGCAGCCAAAGAGCCUGAGCCCAUGGUGGCGUAUGGCAAUUUGUCAGCACUGCCAUGGGGAUGAAUGCAAUAAAUGUGUGCGCCAAACUUGUCAACUCCGCCCAAGACUAGAGCAGCGCUAAUGUGUCCCUGAUAGCGGAACAACAUUUGCUUCAGCAUGUUGUUGGCGGCCACAACGGGCACUUGGCGCUCUGUGUUGAGGCGAUGCAGCUCCAGC